CAAAAUUUGAGCUUUCCAAGCCGAAACCGAACCACUUCAAUAUUCCACCAUCAAACCGCUCACUCUCACCCUCCGUUAAUUCACACUCCCAACGCAACACCCUAAUGGCGUCUAGGAGACUCACUCUUAGCCUUGCGCAGGGCAUGCGCAGCCGUGCUGCCAAUUCUUUCGUCCGACCAUUUCGAAGAGGUUUCGCUACACCCGUAUCGUCUCCCGUAGGCGCGAAGACCCAGACCACAACGUUGAAGAAUGGUCUAACGGUCGCGACCGAAUACUCGCCAUGGGCGCAAACCUCGACGGUAGGAGUUUGGAUCGAUGCGGGUUCGAGAGCCGAGACAAAUGAGACGAGUGGUACCGCCCAUUUUCUAGAACACUUGGCAUUCAAGGGUACUCAAAGACGAUCGCAACAUCAACUAGAGCUGGAGAUUGAGAACAUGGGUGGUCAUCUCAAUGCGUAUACCUCUCGUGAGAGCACCGUCUACUUUUCUCGAGCAUUCAACUCCGACGUUCCACAGUGCGUCGAUAUCCUCGCCGAUAUUCUUCAGAACUCCAGACUUGAGCCCUCUGCUAUUAAUCGAGAGCGCGACGUCAUUCUACGAGAAUCGGAGGAAGUAGAGAAGCAGAUGGAUGAGGUUGUUUUUGACCACCUCCACGCUACCGCCUACGCACACCAACCGCUCGGCCGCACUAUCCUUGGCUCUCGAGAGAACAUCCGUGACAUCACCCGAACUGAGCUUGACAACUACAUCAAGACCAACUACACAGCCGACCGCAUGAUUCUAGUCGGUGCUGGUGGUAUUCCCCACGACAAGCUUGUUGAUCUCGCCGAGAAGAACUUUGCCAAACUCCCCACUACCUCGCCACACAACGAAGCCUAUCUGCUAUCUAAGCGAAAGCCCAAUUUCAUUGGAUCCGAGGUCCGAAUUCGAGACGAUACCAUUCCGUCUGCCCACAUCGCUCUCGCCGUCGAGGGUGUAAGCUGGGGUGAUGAGGAUUACUUCACUGCUUUGGUUACACAGGCUGUCAUUGGCAACUACGACAAGGCUAUGGGCACUGCACCCCACCAGGGAAGUAAGCUGAGCUCGUUCGUCCACAACAACGAUUUGGCUAGCAGCUUCAUGAGCUUCUCUACAAGCUAUAGCGACACCGGUCUAUGGGGUAUCUACCUAGUGAGCGACCAGCUCACCCGUCUUGACGACCUCGUUCACUUCACCCUCCGAGAAUGGUCCCGCCUCUCUAGCGACGUCACCGAAGCCGAGGUCGAGCGAUCCAAGGCCCAGCUCAAGGCCGCCAUCCUCCUCUCCCUAGACAACACUUCCGCUGUCGCCGAAGACAUCGGCCGACAACUGGUCACCACGGGCCGCCGGAUGAACCCUGGCGAGAUCGAGCGCCUCAUCGACCGUAUUACAGAGAAAGACGUAAUGGACUUCGCCAGCCGCAAGCUCUGGGACCAGGACGUGGCCAUCAGCGCCGUCGGUAGCAUCGAGGGUCUCCUCGACUACCAGCGCAUCCGCAACGACAUGAGCCGAAACUUCUAGACGACGCGCGCGCAGGGGGGGGAGUUUAUUACAACGGACCAAAAAAACACUUUUACACUUGACAUUACAACGUGAUUGGGGGAAAUAAAUGGGCACGCCACCGCGGUUGAGGGCGGGCUGCGGGCUUGCUUUUAAAGUGGGGGAGGGGGAAACAAAGGCACAAAGAAAGAAGAAACCCGGUCAUAGAGUGUACCCAUAACUGCUGAAUAAUCACACCCUUAGUUGUACCAUACCAUAAAGAUUUCUCUUAUUAA